AUGGCUUCUACAAUGGCAGCGAAUGCAUCCAGCGUACACAACGUACGGUCGAAUCGGGGUUCCAACAUGGGUUCGUCAGGCAUGAACAAUGAUCGUUCGCGUGGAUCUCACAGCAACGGGGUUGGGAAAGGAUUCAGUGGCAACAAAUCGAGCUGGAAUAGCAACAUCUGGGGAGACUCCAACCUCGGAGGUGCUUUUGCAGAUGAUCAACAAACCAGUGAUGCUGGAUUUGAAGCCAAGUCCGGCUCGGGUUCCCUGUUAUCGACAUCAGAGUCAGACGGCUGGUCGGGCCGGCCUAACCUUCCAUGGAGCACUGUCAACUCGCAGCUGGCUAUGAAUCAGACUCGCGGCAUGUCAACCUCCCCAAUUCAGACUCGCUCCAAUGACCGGAGUGCCCCACCAUUGAAUGACGCACCAGACGCGUCCUACUUUAACCUGCCACGAACUUCGGGCAUGGCCAACUCUGCCACAACAGUCAGCCACCGGCCGUAUCUGAACUCAGGAUCUGAGGGUGUGUCCCCCUCUGGUGACGGAAUGGCAUUUGGUGGAUUUCCAGCUUUGCGAAAUGGAGAUGGGCGACGACAGAUGAGCACCGCCGGUCUAGGUGGCAGUCCAGUGGGAGCUUCAUUCCCUGUUAAGUCUGGAUUCAAUGGUACGAUGGAGGGACAGCGCUCUGAUGAUAUUUCCAACUCCAUGGGUAUGUCGUCCAUCGCUCAAGGAAUUCCUGAUGGGAUGUCCCCGCCUCCGAGUCGUAGUGGCCUUUCUCACAUGUCUCACAAUUCAGCCUCCUACACCCAACGACCUGUGCACUCCGCAAACCCCUCUUUCUACUCUGAUAACCAGAACAUUGAUGGUCGGUAUGCCGGCGGCUCGAUGGAUCUCUCGGCGGGAUUCAACAAACUUCAAUUGAACGACAAUGGCUACAGCACCCAGGGAAGCGCCCAGCGCCCACAAUUCAUGCCUCACGCCUCGUUCGACAGCUCCCUUACACGGGGAAAGUACCAAACCGAUGAUGGCUACCAAUCCCUGGCUGGUUAUGGUGGGGACAAUGCAGAGAUGCAUCUCCAAUACCACGCACGGGCCCGUGGCGCCGACAAUGGUUCUAUCUCUCCUUCUGAAUAUGCUCGCAUGGAUAGCCCCAUCUACACCGGUCUGGACGUGGCAACCCAGUAUCGUAAUUCCGGUGGUCGUAUGUCCGACAGCCAGGCGGCCGCGUUCGAACGUCGUCUCCGGCUUCAAGAACAGGAACUUGCGCAAGCUCAAGGAGGCUCUGUCCCGCGCAUGCAGAUGCCCGGCUACGAUUACGCGAACUACCAGACUGCUGCCCGCAUCAAUGCCCUCCAAGGAUAUUACCCGAUGGCACAACUCGGCGGUAUUGGUGGAGCCGCAGCCGUUGCGUCUCGCGCGCAGCGUGAGCAAGAUCCAACUCAAGUGGUUCGCAGUGCUCUGCUCGAGGAAUUCCGGGCGAACAGCAAGGGUAACAAGCGCUACGAGCUAAAGGAUAUCUACAACCACGUUGUUGAGUUCAGUGGUGACCAGCAUGGGUCGCGGUUCAUCCAGCAGAAGCUGGAGACCGCUAACAGUGAUGAGAAGGAGCAAGUAUUCCGUGAGAUUCAGCCCAACUGCUUGCAGUUGAUGACUGACGUGUUUGGUAACUACGUUGUGCAGAAAUUGUUCGAACAUGGUAACCAGACUCAGAAGAAGAUCCUCGCCAAUCAAAUGCGGGGUCAUGUUCUAGCUCUUUCCACCCAGAUGUAUGGGUGCCGUGUCGUGCAAAAGGCCCUUGAGCACAUCCUCACUGACCAGCAAGCUGCCAUGGUGAAGGAGCUCGAGAGCCAUGUUCUCAAAUGCGUUCGUGACCAGAAUGGCAACCACGUCAUCCAGAAGGCUAUUGAACGUGUCCCAUCGGAAUACGUUCAGUUCAUCAUCAAUGCCUUCCGCGGCCAGGUGAACCGACUUGCUGCUCACCCUUACGGAUGCCGGGUCAUCCAGAGGAUGCUCGAGCACUGUGAAGAGGUUGACCGCCAAUCUAUCCUUAGCGAACUGCACGCCUGUACUUCCAACCUGAUUCCCGACCAGUUCGGUAACUACGUGAUCCAGCACGUCAUUGAGAAUGGUGACGAAUCGGACCGCAACCGCAUGAUCGUCAUUGUCAUGUCGCAACUAUUGGCUUACUCCAAGCACAAGUUUGCCAGCAAUGUUGUUGAGAAGAGCAUCGAGUUUGGUGACCCCAGCCAGGCUCAGCACAUCAUUUCCACCCUUAUCUCCCCCAAUGAUCGUGGGGAGAGCCCUCUGCUUGGCUUGAUGCGAGACCAGUAUGGCAACUAUGUCAUCCAGAAGGUUCUGGGCCAGCUUAAGGGCGCCGAACGUGAGGCUCUCAUCGAUCAGAUCAAGCCCCUCCUCAGCCAGCUCAAGAAAUUCAGCUAUGGCAAACAGAUCGUGGCGAUUGAGAAGCUCAUCUUCGACCCUAACUCCCCCGCCACCGGUCCGUUGUCUCACACCACGUCGACCACUCCUCCCCACUCCCACAAGUCCUCACCUCAGCCUGCCCAGCGCUCCAUCUCCAGUAUGGGGUCUCCCCGUGCCUUUGUCGGCACGGCCCCGCCUACUCCUCCCCCGACGGACAAUCAGACCACCGUCAAUGACUCCCUUGAUCCCAAGGGGCUUGCUAAGAGCACUGUGACCUCGGUGUCCAGUCCCGAGACGGGUAACACCGGUGUUCCCGUCUCGGUCGAUGUCACCAGUGCUCACUAA